AUGUUUCAUGGAACAAUCACAAAAGAACUAACCAGUCAUGAAGAAUGGAGUCACUAUAAUGACAACAUGAUAGAAGAUCAGAAGGAUUUUGUUUUUGUGAAGUUCAGUGGCCUUCAUUUAAAAUCUAUGGAAAAUUUGCAAUCCUGUAUCUCUCUGAGAGUAUGCAUCUUCUCAAACAAUUUUAUCACAGAUAUUCAUCCACUUCAAAGUUGUAUAAGAUUAGUCAAACUUGAUCUCCAUGGAAAUCAGAUAAAGAGUCUACCAGAUACCAAAUUUUGGAGUGGACUGAAGAAACUAAAACUCCUCUAUCUUCAUGACAAUGGGUUUGCAAAGUUAAAGAAUAUAUGUAUGUUAUCUGCCUGUCCAAGUCUAAUUGCCCUCACUAUGUUUGAUUGUCCAGUGAGCCUUAAAAAAGGAUAUAGACAUGUUCUUGUCAACAGUAUAUGGCCUCUCAAAGCACUGGAUCAUCAUGUGAUUUCUGAUGAAGAAAUAAUUCAGAACUGGCAUCUUCCUGAAAGAUUUAGAGCAUAUAACCACCGACUUUUCUUUAAUUUCUGCCCUGCUUUGAAAAAGGGAUCAACCUAUGGUGAUGAAAUUAAUAAUAUCAAAUAUAUUGUUUCAAAAAUUAAUGAAAUUCUGGCUCAUAAUUCACCAGUUUUGAUUGUUCAAAGAUGGAUACGUGGUUUCUUGGUUAGAAAAAAAAUGAGCCCCUUGUUGCAUAAAAAGCAUCAGGAGAAAUUUAUUGGUGAAUGUGAAACAAAGUGGACUUUUAUACCUAAAGGAUACGAAGACAGUCUCUUUAAGCAUCUCUUUCUUCGGCCUGAAACUAAUAGAACAGGAAAACUUGCACAUUGGAAACAUAAUAUACUUUCUCAUGUUGAUUUAAAAAGUUCUAGAGAACAGAGAAAACAUGUUUCCUCUAUAUUAUAUGAAUUAAAAACAAAAGAAAUUGGUAAAAAAUCAAAAACAUCAAGACAUCUCAUUCAAAAAGGUCAGAAGGAAUCUGAAGAUGAAACUGAAAGUGAAGAAUUGGAUGCCAGCUUUAGGAUAUCAGUGUUCAAACUACCCAUACAUACUUCAGGUUCACUCAAGUAUGCUGCAUUAUUGAAAGAAAAGGAGCAAGAUUAUUUUCCUACAUAUGUCCAGCCAUUUUCUACCACUCAUCAAAAACCAGAAAUUACAAAAAAGGACAUGCUGUUGAAGGGUAAUGUAAGAAAAGAGUUUUUUAUAACACACAGAACUGGUAUAAAACUCCGAACACUUUGUGAUAUUGAUAAAUGUUAUUCCGAACAAAAGAAGCAGGAAAGCCAUAAAAAAAAAAUAACAGCUGUAACUCUGGCACAAGUUGCCCAGGAAAGAGUUAGCUUAGCUGUUCAAGAAAACUUAAAUAAGAAAAAAAAUGCUGCACAAAAACUAAUUGCAAAAGAUAAUGAGACAAUUCGGAAUGGUUUACAACAACUUUGGCAGGACAGAUUCAAUUACCUUGAAAAAGUUAAAGAGAGGAGAGCUCGGUUUCUGAAAGAAAAAAAACAAAAGGCUGAAGACCGUUUAUUAAUUCAAAACAUAAGUAAUGAGCGCACUCUUUUAUGCAAAGGAAUGAUUAAAAUGGACAGAUUGAGGAAGAAUCAGGCUGUCUUACAAGAGAAAAGUCUGAUUGUUCAGCAAAGACUAGAAAUGGAAAAAUAUCAAAAGUAUUUACUUAAACAAAUGAAGGAAAUUAGGGCUCAAGAAACAUAUAAAAAACACUGUGAAGAAAAAUUUGUUAUUGAUAUGAUUAUCUUUCAAAAAGCAUGUGAAAGAUUUCAAGAUGCUAAAACAAAAGUUGCGCUUGUGAGAAAGAAUUUAGUCUUUAAAGUUCCCAAUGGAACAACAAAAUGA